CCCCGCGCCUCUGCCUCGCGCGUCGCCCGCGCCAUGAAGCACAUCCCAGUCCUCGAGGACGGGCCGUGGAAGACCGUGUGCGUGAAGGAGCUGAACGGCCUCAAGAAGCUCAAGCGGAAAGGCAAGGAGCCGGCGCGGCGCGCGAAUGGUUAUAAAACUUUCCGAUUGGACUUGGAAGCGCCCGAGCCGGGCGCCGCUGCCACCAACGGGCUGCGGGACAGGACCCAGCGACUGCAGCCGGUCCCGACCCCGGUGCCAGUCCCAGUGGCGCCAGCCGUUCCCUCAGGUGGAGGCCCGGACACCGCCGGGGAGCGCGGGGGCGUCCGGGCGCCGGAGGUCUUGGACGCGCGGAAACGCGGCUUCGCCCUGGGCGCUGUGGGUCCGGGACUCCCCACGCCGCCACCUCCGCCUCCAGCGCCCCAGGGCCAGGUACUCGGGGGUCCCGAGGUACAGCCUUUCCGGGAACCCGGCCUGCGUCCGCGUAUCUUGCUGUGCGCACCGCCUGCUCGCCCAAUGCCUUCCAUGCCUUCCGCGCCCCCUGCGCCCCCGGAGACCUCGGUGCGCCCCGCGCCCCCCACGCGCCCUGGGGAAAGUUCCUACUCGUCAAUUUCACACGUAAUUUACAAUAACCACCCGGAUUCCUCCGCGUCGCCUAGGAAACGGCCGGGGGAAGCGACAGCCGCCUCCUCCGAGAUCAAAGCCCUGCAGCAGACCCGGAGGCUCCUGGCGAACGCCCGGGAGCGGACGCGGGUGCACACCAUCAGCGCAGCCUUCGAGGCGCUGCGGAAGCAGGUGCCGUGUUACUCAUAUGGGCAGAAGCUAUCCAAACUGGCCAUCCUGAGGAUCGCCUGUAACUACAUCCUGUCCCUGGCGCGGCUGGCUGACCUCGACUACAGCGCCGACCGCAGCAACCUCAGCUUCUCCGAGUGUGUGCAGCGCUGCACCCGCACCCUGCAGGCCGAGGGACGUGCUAAGAAGCGCAAGGAGUGACUGGCCCUGGGCUGGACCAAGGACACUGCUGUGGGCCUCUUUCCAGUCAAGCCUGAGGAGAAGGGGAGCUCGCCAAGUCCAGCCUCGUCUUCUUCAAGGUGCCGCCACAUGCUCAGACCACUGCCUCUCAGGGUCAGGCAGGAACACACUGCCUCCCUCACCCUCCUGACCUCCCCAGGCCACUCCAAGGUGACUCCGCACUUUGCCCUCUGCCUGGCGGGGAGGGAAGAGCUCAGCCUUCCUCUUGUCUGGGGCCCGAGGCCUACCCUCUGGCUGCAGAAAUUCAUUGCCAAAGAUAUCACAGAAACACUGAACAUGUGCUGAGAAAACCCCACCAUGAAAAGCCACGCUCUUGCCCUAUGACCUGUGCCCCUCCUGGUGCCCGACUUCCAUCUCAAGCCAAAGACAAGUCAGCAAUUCCACCAGGAACUCAGAAAGAUGGACGUUUGGUGACCAUUGGAAGCCUCUGACCUCUGACCUGGACCUCUCUACACUGGACCCUGAGCUGGUUGGGUUAAGAUAAGCCUCCUGGGAGCUGUGAGAGGCAGGCUGGGGUACCUAUCGGGAGUGGGAUUUGAGAUCCCGGCCCCUUUCUCUCCCUCUAACUGGCUGCCCAGGUCUCUGACCCUCAUUCUCAAUGUUCCCUGGGCUCAGGCUUUUCUUCUUGGGCCCUGAGAAUCAUGAGAAAGGGGUAAGUGGGGGAGAGAAGCAAUAUUGACCACCCUGUACCCCACCCCAGGGACCUGCCGCAAGGCCAUCUGCCUAAAGAUCUUUGCUCCCCACCAGCCCCUCCUUGCCUAUGGCCGCCCUCCUGGCUGGGCAGACGAGAUGGCGCCUGUUUGGAGGCCAGUGUUCUCUUACUAGUCAUGCAGGGGGCAGAAGGGAGGCAGGGACCAGGGGAAUGGGCCAGUAUGUGGGGGAGUGGGGCAUGUUCAAAGCCAAGGCCUGCUCCUUUCUUUGCUCAAAAGGCCAAAGCUGUUCACAUCUGUGCUCAACCAACUGCUUCAAAUUGAAGUAAAAGCCCCAACGUGUAAAGAAAACA